AUGGCAGCACUGGUGGAUUCACCGCGGCCGGCUCUGGUUAGCGAUGCCGACCUCCUCCAAGCCCGCGCUGCACUGCAGCACCAGAAUAGUCCCGACAUUUCAGUGCCACGUGAAUUCAUCUCACUGAUCGUCGAAGAACUGAUCUAUCGCCGAGAGUCCCACUCCGCAAUCGCAGACGUUGAACAUGAAUGCUCUGCGCUUCGCAAAGAGCUUCGCAAACACACCCACAUCAACGAGGCCUUUCAGAAAGAACUGCGCGAGAUCGGGGAGAUUAUCACGCAAGUUGCCCAUGGCGAUUUGUCUCAGCGCGCGCGGCUUCAUCCGUUGGAGAUGUCGCCCGACAUUGCGACCUUCAAGCAGACCAUUAACACGAUGAUGGAUCAAUUGCAAAUCUUCAGUCAGGAAGUGACCAAGGUGGCCCGCGAGGUGGGCACUGAGGGAGUUCUUGGUGGCCAGGCCAAUAUUGAGGGCAUUCAGGGAAUCUGGCAAGAGCUGACGGUCAACGUGAACGCUAUGGCCAACAACCUGACUACCCAAGUUCGUGACAUUACGACCGUGACUACCGCAGUCGCUAAGGGCGAUCUGACUCGGAAAGUGCAAGCAGAUUGUAAGGGCGAAAUUUUACUACUCAAGAACAUCAUCAACUCUAUGGUGGACCAGCUCCGCGAAUUCGCGUUCGAGGUGAGCCGAGUGGCUCGUGAAGUCGGAUCGGACGGAACUCUUGGUGGCCAGGCCGUGGUCCACGGUGUUGAGGGUACUUGGAAGAAUCUGACCGACAAUGUGAAUCGCAUGGCUUCGAACCUGACCCAACAAGUCCGUGAGAUUGCCAAGGUGACGACUGCUGUGGCUCGUGGUGACCUCACUAUGAAGGUGACCGCUGACGUUAAGGGUGAAAUCCUGGACCUGAAACUCACUAUUAAUGCAAUGGUCGACCGGCUCAACCAGUUCGCCUUUGAGGUGAGCCGUGUGGCUCGGGAAGUUGGUACGGAUGGCACACUUGGUGGACAAGCCCAAGUCGAGAACGUCGAGGGCCGUUGGCGUGAUCUAACGGACAACGUGAAUACAAUGGCCCAGAAUCUCACACAGCAAGUGCGACAGAUUUCAAAUGUCACACAAGCCAUCGCUCGAGGCGAUUUGAGCACCAAGAUUGAGGUCCACGCCCAGGGAGAAAUCCUGACUCUGAAAGAAACGAUCAACAGCAUGGUGGACGGUCUCAGUCAAUUUGCCCGAGAGGUCAAGAUCGUGGCGAGAGACGUGGGAGUGAGAGGCAAACUCGGUGGACAGGCCAAGCUAGAUGGAUCGUACGGUAUUUGGCGGUCAAUUAGUGAAGACGUCAAUAUCAUGGCCGACAAUCUCACUUCGCAGGUGCGAGCCUUUGGCGAGAUCACGGAGGCUGCGAUGAGCGGUGAUUUCACCAAGCUGAUCACCGUGUCGGCAUCGGGCGAGAUGGAUGACUUGAAACAAAAGAUUAAUAAGAUGAUCUGGAGUUUACGCGAUAGUAUCCAGCGGAAUACGGCUGCCCGCGAGGCUGCGGAACUGGCGAACCGUAGCAAGUCUGAAUUCCUUGCCAACAUGAGUCACGAAAUUCGAACUCCGAUGAAUGGAAUUAUCGGACUUUCGAGUUUAGCACUCGACACGGACGAUCUUGCGGCUCCUGUCCGCGAAACGCUCAAUAUGGUCCACAACCUCGCCAUCAGCCUGUUGACCAUUAUCGAUGACAUCCUGGAUAUCUCCAAGAUUGAGGCCAACCACAUGAUGAUCGAGAAAAUGCCGUUCAGUCUGGGGUCUACCGUAUUCGGCGUUUUGAAAGCUCUGGCAGUGGAAACAAACGAAAAGGCUCUCACCUUAUCCUACACCGUUGAUGGCAACGUGCCUGACUUCCUGAUUGGCGAUGCAUAUCGCUUGCGUCAGGUGAUGCUGAACCUAGUCGGCAACGCCAUCAAAUUCACCGACCAUGGUGAAAUUCGAGUCACGAUUAGGCGUGCCGAGAACAGCGAUUGCCAAAAGGAUGAGACAAUGUUCGAAUUCUCAGUCACGGAUCCUGGCAUUGGUAUCGAGGAGAGCAAACUCGGUCUGAUCUUCGAUAAGUUCCAGCAGGCAGACGGGUCGAUGACUCGUCGUUUUGGCGGCACAGGUCUCGGACUGGCCAUUUCCAAGCGCCUCGUCUCUCUCAUGGGUGGUGAUAUCUGGGUUACGUCCCGUGUGGGCCAGGGAAGCAAGUUCUCAUUUACCUCUCGAGCCAAACUGGCAGAAGCUCCAGCAGGAUUCUCGGAGCAAUUGGCGCCUUAUCGGGGCCGGCGAGUUCUCCUCGUUGACAAUGGCGAUUUGGAAGGCUGUCCCGUUCCCGCAAUGCUACAGGGCUUUGGUCUCGAGCCCGUCGUAGUCAAUGACAACGAACUUGUUCCCAACCUAUCCCGAAAGGACCUGUGUGGCUCGUUCGAUGCUAUGCUAGCCCCGAGCUUGGAGACAGCAGCAAAGCUACGCGCGGACCCGAAUCUCUCUCUCAACCCACUGGUCAUCGUGGCACCCGUGGUAUCCCUCCUUCUCAAGUCUGCCGGUGAACUCGGCGUGUCAUCUUACGUCACAACACCCUGCCGACCCAUCGACUUCUGGAGCGGUAUCCUCCCAGCCCUCGGCAACCGCAUAAAUCGCGUUUCCGAAGGUAUCACCCGCUCUCUCGCAAUCCUCCUCGCCGAAGACAACGACGUAAAUCAGAAAGUGGCCGUCCGCAUCCUCCAAAAGUGCAACCACAACGUCACAGUCGUCGAGAACGGCCUCCAAGCCGUCAAAGAAGCACAGCAACACCGCUACGACGUAAUUCUGAUGGACGUCUCCAUGCCAGUCAUGGGCGGAUUCGAGGCCACGAUCAAAAUCAGACAACACGAGAAAAUGAACAGUCUGCCGCGCACGCCUAUCGUGGCACUUACCGCGCAUGCCAUGCUCGGUGAUCGCGAUAAAUGCAUUCAAGCAGGCAUGGACGAGUAUCUCUCCAAGCCGUUGAACUCGAACAUGAUGAUGCAGACUAUCCUGAAGUGUGCAUCUAUGAAUUUGGUCUCUGCUGUAGAGACUUGA